CAAGAGUCGAGCGUGCAUGCAUGCUUGCUUUAAUACGGCACGCUCUUGCUCAGGGCCCAGGAACAGUAGGCUGAACGUCUUCACAACUUCGUACACGUCUGGAUCUUCACUCGUUUAUCUUUGAUUGUCUUGUCUCUGACCCGUGUGUCGCUGUCAACGUGCAAAACCCUUUCGCCUUCAUUGAGAGCAGGCUCUUGUCUGGCUCGGCACGCAAAGACAUUCGCAAAGUCACUCUCUCGACCGCUAUAUCUUCGCCCCACACUCAGCGCGACUUGUGCUGCGGAGACGCAGAGAACGGCGAACACCAAAAUGUCGCCGCGAAAGUCACACUUCCUGUCUUUCUCGCUACUAUCGACACUCUACUCAGCCGUUCAUGGCUCCUCAGCUCCCUUCUCAAAUUCGUCUUCGAGCUCUACCUCCAGCCCAGUAUCAGCAUGUAACUCGUGUUUCAUACUAGCUUUUGAGGAGUUCUACUCGUAUCCCCACUCUGUGGAAGUGAAUACUGUCACGGCAACAAACAUGAUAAUUCCAAUGGUCACGCUUCACCCGGAUGGCUCUAGAGAGACCAACUACAUGACGCAAACACAGCAGGCGGACGCAUCGGCACCAAGCAGCGGGAUAACACAGCCGGCUGCUGAUCCAUUCGCAUCACUGACGUGGAUCGUGCAAGGAAUGACCCUGACUUAUCCUACGACGUAUGUCGAGUUCUUGCAGCUCCAAGGAGGCACUUCCUAUCUCACCCAAGUCGAUCUACAGCAGACGUGCACGAAUGACCUCAGUGCGCUCGACCUCCCAACUGAUAGCAUCACCGGAUUGCUUGUGCCGAUUCCGCCUGGCACCACGGUCAAUUCAGAGAACCCAACGGCGAUUUCUGCGCCUCCAGCUAUUAUCACAUACUUGAAUCAGAUCCCAGCAGUCUCGGAUCAAUUUGGUGGUACGGACGUUGCCGACUGCUCUUGGUCAAAGACUGUGGCGGUGGCUUCAUCCCCAGAGGAAACGUCUCCUCUCGCGACUGUCCAGAAGGUCUCGGUAUCCAUCCUGACUUCUGUUACGGCCGAUCCUGUUCUCGUAACAGCACCCGCUGCCAAUAGUCGGACUAUAUCGGAUGCCAUUGUGCACGUCGAGAAUUCGGCCACCGCUCUGGACGUGCCUGCGAACACGAACACGCCACAGACCAACGCGCAGCAAAACACACCUCAGAACAACGCUCAGCAGAACACGCCACAAGCGCAGCAACAGGGCGCCCAGACCGGCGGUGGAAACAGCCAGAACACGCCAGGCGUAGGCGGCGCCAUCGCCGGCGUACUCAACCCUUCCGGAAGCUCCAACGCCAACGCCGGCGGAUCCAACAGCAACCAAGCGAGUGGCGGCAACGGAAACGGCGGCUCCGGAGGCUCGCAGCAGAGCUCCAAUUCCGGCGGGUCCAACGGCAACCAAGGUAGCGGCGGCGAGGGCAACGGCGGCAACGGCGGCUCCCCAAGCGCUGGCACAGCGCCAGGCGGCCAGAGCGACCAGACGAACGGCGGCGGCAACGGCUCCGGGCCGCUGCCGUCCCCCCUCGUCCUCAUCGUCGGCGGCACGCAGACGACCGUCGCGCCGUCCGUCAUCGCCAACCCGGCCGGAACGGGCUCGGUCACCGCGUUCGUCCUCGGCCCCGGCUCGACCCUCGUCGUCGAAGGCCAGUCCGUCGUCCCCGUGAGCGCAACCGGCGCCUCCUCCCCGUCGACCUCGGGAAAUGUAGGCAACGCCAUCGCCUCCGGCCUCGGCUACACGGACUCGCUGUCCACCGGCCUGGCGGACAGCAUUCACGGCCCGAACAUGCCUCUGUGGGUCAUGGGCGCCGCAGCCGGCGUCGUCGGAGCCCUCGCUGUCGGAUUGUAAGUCAGCACGAGCGCCGGGGGUUUUCUUCAUUCUUCAUUUUACAUAGCGACGAGGCGUUUAGGACACGGACACGGACAUGAACACGGAAAGGGAUACGGCAUGGGGUGCUCUUCGGGCUGGGUCAGGAGGAAAAAAAGAAAAACCAACCCCCUCUUCCCCUUUUCCUCUAUUAUUUUUUCUCAAUGGGGUGGGAAAGCAUAACAGACGAAAUGCUCGGCCACGACAUCUGGGCAAUUCAUGUACAUAUGCAAUUCUUCUUUACUUUUUCUUUGACCAUCUUAGAUGGUUCGUUGGAUAGGAUCGAUAAUAUCGAAGGGAUGACUACGCGUGCUGUUCGCGUGACGAAAGCCAUAUGGGUAAUUUUGUAAUGCG